CGUGUGCAUCGUGUACGCGUGCUUUGGCGGUGAAGCGCAACGCCGGGAUUUCCUCCACACAGGCCAAGCACGCGGCAGCGGCGCAGGGGUACAAGGACAUUGCUGUCCCUGGCUUCUUCAAGUGGCUCCAAGCAAACUUGGACAAGGAGGAUUUCUUCUUGCAGCCGUGGCUCACGUUCGAGGUCAUGGGGAAGACGUCCAUGAAGGGAGGCGCGGUCCUCUUCACCGACGGCGAAAAAUUGUNCGAGCAAUGUUUGUAG